AUGUCGAAUGAAAAGGAGCCAGACGUCUCGAACAACGUCGAAAUGGUCGAUGCUGCAUCUUUGCCAGCAGCCAAACGCAAGAGGUCCGAGAAGCCGUCAUCAAAUGUCACACAAUUCACUAUUCGCAACCCGCCUUGGGCAUACCUUCAGCUUUCUCUCAUCACAAACUCGCCAAACUACCAACUGGACGCCUUGACCGCUCAUCUCCACCUUCGGGCUGCUCUCUCACAAUUCUUAGGCUUGCACGGCACCGCUAUACCCAUUGACAUUCUCAAGCUGCACAACAACGACGUACAUAUUCGCGUACCUAGAGAAGACGCAAGUGCUCUUGUUGUAGCUGUCGGAGGCUGGGUUGGCAAAUCUGGCGAAGGCUGGAGAGUUAAAAACUCUUCAUCGUGGGGAGUAGGUCUUCACUCGAACGCUGGCGCUGAUCUGUUCAAAUGA